AUGGGAGGGAUUCUAGUGGGUACCAGAAGGAGCUUAGGGGAGGAAAUAAUAGUCAAUAAGUGGCUCAAUGGAGCAGUGAUAUCAAGGUUAAAGCUUGGGGGGGGGGAAGAAAUUAGGAGUAAGAUUGAGGAGGGAAGGGAAAAAUCGGAAGCAAUUGUGAUAAUGGGGGACUUUAAUGUUAAAAUUGGAGAGCUGGAAGCGGGAGAUGGGGAAGACAUGGUUGUAAGAAGAUCCAGGGACACUAAGGUGAACCGAGAUGGAAGUAAGCUGGUAGAGUUCUGCGAUGAAGAGGGGCUCGUGGUGACCAAUGGAGCCAUUAAGGGGCACUGGGAGCGAGCAAUUACAUUCGUGGGGAAUCAAUAUGAGUCGGUGGAAUCGGUACUUGACUUAGUGUUACAUGAAGGGGACCCAAAUGUGCUGGAUGAGGUCAACAUAUGGCCCGCAACUGACUCUGACCAUCUCGGGGUGACAGUGACUUUACUUGGACCAGGGGUUCCAAAGGCCGGAAUAGAUGGCGACGCAGGGGGCGAGCUUCAAGGGGCAGAGGGGCCCGCGGCGGGAGGAAUCAAGCUAGCAGUCGUCCUGGAGGCAGCGGGGGAAACUGGUAUGACUAGGAGCUUAAAACGAAGGAAAAAGAGAGAUGAAUUCGCUUGGUUGGGGGAGGAAUAUAAGUUGCAGAGGGCCAGGGUUAAUAAAGCGCUCAGGAAAUAUUUAAGGAGGUACGGAGAAGCGGAAAGAACUUGCUUCAGGGAGGAAAGAGGAAAGCUGAAAAAGAUGGCUAAGGCUAGGCUGAAAGAAAUAGCGGAAGAGAAGAAAAACCGGGUUAAAGCGAGUAAAAAUUUGGGAGAGCUAUGGGAAGCUUUGGGUGCAUGUAGGGCAAGAGCGGGGCGAAAGGGGGAGAAUAUUACGAAGGAAAAAUGGGCGGGUCAGAUCUCCAUGGUGCAGGGGGGCUCGGGCGGGGGUAGAGAUGAGGACAGGGACGGGACCUUAAAUGCGCUCAAGAAUAAAAAAGCAGCGGAGGAAGACGGGAUCACGGAGGAAUACCUGAAGCAUCUACCGGAGAACUGGAGGAAGGAACUUUGGGAGGUGAUUCAGGAAUGCUGGAAAUCUAGCAGGCUUAGGGAGGGGUGGACCGUCGCCAGAAUUUUCCCUAUUUAUAAGGGGGAGGGGAUGAAAAUGACGCGGGCAACUACAGGGGGGGUUUCAUUGCUGGAUUUAGGGUAUAAACUGUUUGCCAGCAUUAUGGCAAACAGGCUCAGCGCGUAUCUUGAGAGGGAGGGGAAACUGAACGAGAGUCAGGGGGGCUUUAGGGAAAAAAGAGGAACCAGGGAACAAAUAUUUAUUCUGAAUACGAUGAUAGGGAAUUGGAUAAAGCAUAAGGGGGGGAAGUUAUAUACCGCCUUCAUUGGCUUGAAGGCGGCUUUUGACACGGUGGACCGGGCUCUUCUGCUGGAAAAAUUAUGGAGGGGGGGGAUACGGGCUAGAUUUUAUGAUAUGGUUAAGACGAUUUACAGAACCUCGGAAAACGAAGUAAUCACGGGUGCAGGGCUAACUCAGAGGUUCCCCACGGAAAGCGGGGUUAGUCAGGGCUGUCCUUUGAGCCCAAUAUUGUUCAACUUAUUUAUAGAUGAUAUUGAUGCCGAAUGGGUAAAGAGGGGUUUGGGGGCACGGUGGUAG